UCCACAUGGACCUUGUCUCCUCUCUGUCUCCAUCGCCAUUGCUAUAUAUACACGCAAGCUUCACGGCUCAUAGCUCAUCACUCUUUCACCUUCCCUCUCUGAAUCGUAUAGACGUUCCGAAUCUUCGAUCUUGUUCAUCGUUUCCCAGCAAUGGAGAUGGGUCCCUCGUUUCCCGCCAAGAUCCUCGAGCAUAUCUUCUCCUUCGUUAGCUCCGGCGAGGACCGCAACGCCAUCUCCGCCGUCUGCAAGUCGUGGUACGAGAUCGAGCGGCAGAGCAGGCGCCGGAUCCUCGUCGGAAACUGCUACGCCGUGAGCCCCGCGGCUGUGACGCGGCGGUUCCCGGAGCUCCGGUCGGCGUCUCUGAAGGGGAAGCCCCACUUCGCCGACUUCAAUCUGGUCCCCGAUGGCUGGGGAGGCCACGCGCUUCCGUGGAUCGCAGCGUUCGCGGCGGCGUACCCGUGGAUGGAGGGGAUCAGGAUGAAGAGGAUGGUUGUAACCGACGAGUGCUUGGAGAUGAUCGCUGAGUCGUUUCGGGAUUUCAAGGUGCUCGUCCUCUCGUCGUGUGAAGGGUUCACAACCGAUGGACUCGCCGCCAUCGCCGCUAGCUGCAGUAACCUGACAGAGCUUGACGUGAGCGAGAGCGAAGUGGAAGAUCUUGGAGGAGACUGGCUCAGCUAUUUCCCCGACACAUGCACUUCACUUGUCUCUCUCAACUUCUCUUGCCUUGAAUCUGAAGUCAGUUCCUCAGAUUUAAGACGUCUCGUGGCUCGGUCUCCCAACCUCAAGUCUCUUGUCCUAAACCGAGCCGUGUCUCUUGACCACCUCAACGAGUUACUUCGUCGUGCACCUCAACUCACUGAGUUGGGCACUGGCUCGUUCUCUGCUGAGCUCCAACCUCAUGCCUUGUCAGACCUGUCAGAAGCGUUUUCGGGUUGUAAGGACCUUAAAUGCUUGUCAGGUCUUUGGGAUGUUAUCCCUGACUAUCUUCCAGCUCUUUACACUGUUUCAUCUGGUUUAACUUCGUUGAACUUGAGCUACGCCACUAUACGCAGUCAUGAUCUCGUCAAGCUUCUUAGUCAGUGCCCGAAAUUGCAGAAGCUAUGGGUGCUGGACUUCAUAGAAGACAGUGGCCUCGAAGCGGUCGCAUCAUGCUGCAAGGACAUGCGAGAAUUGAGGGUGUUUCCAUCAGAUCCGGAUGCUGGUGAAGUAGAUGUAAACCUGACGGAACAAGGCCUCGUCUCUGUCUCUGACGGCUGUCCGAAUCUCGAAUCUGUUCUCUACUUCUGUCGCCAAUUUAGCAAUGUGGCCAUGGUGACCAUAGCACGAAACCGUCCAAAUCUGAAGUGCUUUCGCCUCUGCAUAAUGGAGCCAUUUGCCCCUGAUUACCAAACCCUUGAGCCGCUCGACGAGGGAUUCGGAGCCGUAGUCGAACACUGCAAAGAUCUUCAGCGGCUCUCAGUCUCGGGCCUCCUAACGGACAAGGCCUUCGAGUACAUUGGACGACACGCCAAAAAACUCAAGAUGCUAUCGGUAGCAUUCGCUGGAGAGAGCGAUAUGGGGCUCCGACACUUGUUGUCAGGCUGCGAGAAUUUGAGAAAGCUCGAGAUCAGAGACUCUCCCUUCGGCGACGAGGCCAUCUUGGAGAAUGCAGAGAGACUAGAAACAAUGCGAUCCCUUUGGAUGUCAUCAUGCCCCGUAAGUUUCGGGGCAUGCAAGCUCCUAAGCGAAAAGAUGCCGAGGCUCAAUGUAGAGGUCAUCGACGAAAGGGGACCGCCAGAAUCGAGACCAGAGAGCUGUCCAGUAGAAAGGGUUUACAUAUACAGAACUGUAGCUGGACCGAGAGAGGACAUGCCUGAUUUCGUCUGGACAUUGCACAAGAAUCCAUAGCUUCUCCAGCCACCUUACUAUACUUUGUUUUUGUUCUUGCCUUUCCAAAUUGCAGUAUGUGCUGUUUAUUUUUAUAAAAUAGUUCUGAAAUUUCCCAAUAACCUUCUGAGA